GUUGGGGCAGUCUUGUGGCAGAGACUGGCUUUGAGACAGGUGGUCCGAGACCUGAUGUUGACCUGGGCAUAAGGAAGGCGGCAAAUAGCAAGCGGGAGGACAUUUUUUGUUAUCUGGGAAGCUGCUUACUAAUCUGCCUCCACCUACCUAGUAAAGUAGCCUAUGAUGUUAGACUCUGAAAAACAUAUACGUUUUACAUAGCACUGAGCCUGAGAAUGGUUAAAACGCAGUUUUCCAUUGUUUAGCUAGCUAAAUAACUGAUGGUGGAAAUGAACGGCUGAGAUAAGAUUCGUUGCAUUUAGUGGAAGCAUGGAAAUGAAAGGAAAGGUUAAGUGUUAAAGCUGCUGCUGAAGGGGGAAGCUGGCCAUGUCACGGGUUCCUUCCCCUCCUCCACCAGGGGACAUGUCUACUGGACCUGUGGCAGAGAGCUGGUGUUACACACAGGUAAAAGUAGUCAAGUUCUCCUACAUGUGGACCAUCAAUAACUUCAGUUUCUGUAGAGAGGAGAUGGGGGAGGUUUUAAAGAGUUCCACCUUCUCCUCUGGACCCAACGACAAGAUGAAAUGGUGUCUGAGAGUCAACCCAAAAGGGCUGGAUGAUGAAAGCAAAGAUUAUCUGUCGCUGUAUUUACUUCUUGUUAGUUGUCCAAAAAGUGAAGUCAGAGCAAAGUUCAAGUUUUCCUUAUUGAACACUAAAAGAGAAGAGACUAAAGCUAUGGAAAGCCAAAGAGCCUAUCGGUUUGUCCAGGGGAAGGACUGGGGCUUCAAAAAGUUUAUUAGAAGAGAUUUCCUGCUUGAUGAAGCCAAUGGGCUGUUACCUGAUGACAAACUCACCCUGUUUUGUGAGGUGAGUGUGGUGCAGGACUCGGUGAACAUCUCUGGCCAGUCCAACAUUAACAUGCUGAAGGUCCCAGAGUGCCAGCUGUCAGAUGACCUGGGGAACCUGUGGCAGUGUUCCCGCUUCACUGACUGUUCCCUCUAUGUGGGAGGGCAGGAGUUCAAGGCUCACAAAUCCAUCCUGGCAGCAAGAUCCCCCGUCUUUAACGCCAUGUUUGAACAUGAGAUGGAGGAGAGUAAAAAGAACCGUGUGGACAUCAGUGAUGUGGAGCCAGACGUGUUUAAGGAGAUGAUGGGAUUCAUCUACACAGGGAAAGCUCCCAACCUGGACAAGAUGGCCGACAACCUGCUGGCAGCUGCUGACAAAUAUGCCUUGGAGCGUUUAAAGGUGAUGUGUGAAGAGGCUCUGUGCAACAGCCUCUCUGUGGAGAACGUGGCUGAUACCCUCAUCCUGGCGGAUUUACACAGUGCCGAGCAGCUCAAAGCACAAGCCAUAGAUUUUAUCAACAGGUGCAGUGUCCUCCGACAGCUGGGCUGUAAAGAUGGGAAAAACUGGAAUAGCAAUCAUGCCACGGACAUAAUGGAGACGGCAGGCUGGAAGUCAAUGAUCCAGUCCCACCCUCACUUAGUGGCCGAGGCCUUCAGAGCCCUGGCAUCGGCACAGUGCCCGCCCUUCGGCCUGCCGCGGAAACGCCUAAAACAGUCCUGACUGCUACAGCCCUCUGAUCCAGACUGAUCCAGACUGAGAGCUGAGGCAGCCCUCUGAUCCAGACUGAUCCAGACUGAGAGCUGAGGCAGCCCUCUGAUCCAGACUGAGAGCUGAGGCAGCCCUCUGAUCCAGACUGAUCCAGACUGAGAGCUGAGGCAGCCCUCUGAUCCAGACUGAGAGCUGAGGCAGCCCUCUGAUCCAGACUGAGAGCUGAGGCAGCCCUCUGAUCCAGACUGAUCCAGACUGAGAGCUGAGGCAGCCCUCUGAUCCAGACUGAUCCAGACUGAGAGCUGAGGCAGCCCUCUGAUCCAGACUGAGAGCUGAGGCAGCCCUCUGAUCCAGACUGAUCCAGACUGAGAGCUGAGGCAGCCCUCUGAUCCAGACUGAGAGCUGAGGCAGCCCUCUGAUCCAGACUGAUCCAGACUGAGAGCUGAGGCAGCCCUCUGAUCCAGACUGAGAGCUGAGGCAGCCCUCUGAUCCAGACUGAGAGCUGAGGCAGCCCUCUGAUCCAGACUGAGAGCUGAGGCAGCCCUCUGAUCCAGACUGAGAGCUGAGGCAGCCCUCUGAUCCAGACUGAUCCAGACUGAGAGCUGAGGCAGCCCUCUGAUCCAGACUGAUCCAGACUGAGAGCUGAGGCAGCCCUCUGAUCCAGACUGAGAGCUGAGGCAGCCCUCUGAUCCAGACUGAGAGCUGAGGCACCAUGGAGAGACACAGGACUAUAAAGAAGAGAUUCCCCCCCCAGUCCCCUCAUAGAAACCAACAGGAUGCUACGGACAGUCUAUCUGAACAGGGCUGGGAGAAUGGGAGACUGACUCCAACUGCUAGAAAGUAACGUUUGGGUUUGGUCCUCAAGUUUUGUCUGCUAUUUUUCUGUAAUUUCAAAUGGCCUUAAUCUAUCUGCCAUUGGAGCUGAUCUACUGUGUUCUCCCUAUUUGACUCUGUACCUGCCCCCGUCCCACAGACCAGCCUGCCCUGUCCCACAGACCAGGCUGUCCCCGUCCCACAGACCAGGCUGCCCCCGUCCCACAGAC